UUUGGUAUCAUUUUAAUCAGAAAAAUCUCACAAAUGCGUUAGUAACAGUUUCAUUGAGAAAAGGUUAAAAAUAAAAAGGUUUUAUCGUUGAAUUAGUAUUAGUCACACCAAUAUUACGGUAGGAUCAUUGUUCCGUCAAAUUUCGUCGCGGCGUAUUUUCCGCGGUUGGAAAUCUUUAGGAAAUGAGCAAGGUGCCGGAUCGCGUUUACCGAAGCGCAGGAUUCUUGAAAAGGCGGAAGCAAUGAACUCCACAACAACGUGUUGCGUAAUCUUAGCAAAAACUCGUUGUAUUUAAUAAAUGAACACGUAGUCUUAGAGAUAAAAUGAACAAAAAGUUUAUAUUUCGAUCCACCAUUCACUUAAACUAAUCCGCGUUAUUGCGGUUCGCCGAAGUACUCGGUUCGUGCGAAGCGCCAAAAAAUGGGUUUGCCAAUUUAAAUUCUCCGAAAGCUGCUUGCGAGAAUUUCCUUGCCACGAGAGUGAGCCAACGGCGUGAGAGAGACGGGCGCCGAUGAGAGAGGAAUAGCAAUAUAAUAGAAGUUAGUCGCGAAAGGUAUUCGGGAAAUAGUUCGCUCGAACAUCAUAUUACACGGUUUCCUGGACGAGUGGCUCGGUUCGCCUAGGGGGAUCCCCCCAAGUGGAGGAGAUAGCGAUGUUUCACUUAUCCAAGCAUUCUUUCGUUGAAUUUAUCCAGGUUUUACUGUAUAAUGAAAAUUGUAAUAAUAACGAACAGUGGUAUGUAUCACGCAGCUCGAUCGUGAGUACACUGACAACAUAUCAUGUUCACUGUUUAAUGAUGCAGCUCAUCACUUACGACUUCUUGUGCUUUUCACAUGUAACGUGACGUUUUAACUAUGAAUAGAAAAGGGAAUUAAUUAAAGCGGUGUCAUCUUAUCAAGAUAAUUCGCACAGAAAAAAGAACGAGUUGUAACAUCUGACACUUGAUGUUCAAUAUGCAAGAGGAGAGGUACACGGAUACGUCAAUCAAAUUGUCAACCUUCUACAUGAAGUGCAUCGGCUUAUGGAUAGCGGAAAAUCACACAGAGGAACGUCAAAGAAAAGUGGCUAUAUUUUACACGAUUUGGGUUACUUUGUUUUCUUCGCUCGUUGAGUGUAGAGAGUUCUAUUUCUCUUGGGGAGAUCUUAGUUCGACACUUUACGUGAGUUGCAACAUUCUAAGCUGUUGCCUAACUGUGUUCAAAAUAUACGUUAUACUAGCGCACAAAUUAGAGUUCAUUAAUUUAAUUGUGUACAUGCGCGAUCAUUUUUGGAAUGGUAAAUACGAUCUUCAGGAGAAAGCGAUUCUAGUUGAGUGCAGAAAAGUUUGCACAUUUUUCACUAUUUCUGUCACUUUCAUCGGGGAAUGUGCAGUUGUCGCUUAUGUUGUGACGGCAAUCGUAUCGAAUAUAGGGAAGAAUGAAUCGGACAGGAUACUAAUAUUUAACAUGUGGUUAAACUCACUGUCAAUAACGCCUUACUACGAGAUCAUGUUUUUUCUUCAGAUGAUAAGUUUGUAUCACAUCGGAGUGUGUUACUUUUGUUUUGACAAUCUGUUUUGUAUUUUAAGCGUACACGUAGCUAGUCAGUUUCGUAUACUUCAAUAUAGAUUCGAAAAAUUGUGCGCUACGGAUCAAGAAAGAAACGAGAAAUUGACUUCCGCAUAUUGUACUACAGAAUUUUACGAGAAAUUUAAAAAUUGCAUAAAACAACACCAGGUGCUCAUUAACUAUUGCAAUUUGCUUGAAAAAGUGUACACGGUAAUGGUGCUUGGACAAGUGACAGUCUUCAGUGUACUGAUAUGUUUGUUUGGAUACCAAAUAUUAUUGGCGGAUGCUCCCAUUACAAGACGUGCUAUUUUCAUAUGUCUCAUUUUGGGCAGCACGUCUUUGCUGUUUAUGUUCACUUAUAGUUGCCACGGUUUAAUCGAACAAAGUGACAAAGUUGCUGUGGCAGCGUACUCGACAAUGUGGACAAACUUGCCGAUGACGGAAUUUGGUAAAAUGCUUCGAAAUGAUUUAUUAAUGGUCAUUCAGAGAUCGAGACGAGUCUGUUGUAUGACUGCAUGCGGAUUCUUUCCAGUAUCAUUAGAAACUUUCACAACGAUUCUAAGUACUGCGGCAUCGUAUUUUACAUUACUAAGAAACAAUGCAGAUUAUACAUAAAAAACAUCGUUCUUCGGAUAUUCAAGUAGUAAAUCGUUAUUAAUAUCAGACAUUUAUAUAUUGAAGUUGG